UCAUCUCUGUUUGCAUUACUCGCUCUGUGGUAUCGGAAGCUCGUCCCCAUUCAUUUGUGGUGUGGGUGCAGUUGUUUAUAUGGUUUAUAUAAACCAUUUGGAGAUACUCGGUUAUCUCCUCUGAAUUGGGCUAUUCACAAAUCCAUUCCGAUUGUUCUCCAAGCCAAUGUGAUCCGGUUGACUCUUUGUGCAAGAAGUCGAGGCUUAACAAGUGCAAAUCGAUUCGCAUUUGAUCAGUAAAAUAGACAAUGGAAUCGCACUACAUCAGCUACUGUAACAUCUGCUGACCUUGGACUAUAAUAUACCCCAGUGGACUCGCUCGUAUCUGCAAUAGGAAAAUAUUAAUGAGGUAGCGUGAUACGGAGACAGUGCUUAUCAUUUUAGUUCUUUUUGUUUGUACGAAAGUUAAAUGACAAGUGUGCUCGUACGAACUCACUUAUUGUCUCGGUAUAAGCGCAACACUGUGCCGAUAAUUCAGUUUUACACCAGAAAAAUGAGUGAGAAAGCUGAUACUAUUUUGAAUUCCUCCGACAACUGGUUUAAUAAGUAUGUCGCUGUCGAAGAUGCACCAGAAGGUAUAUUCAGAGGUGUAUCUGAUCGAUUCAAUGGAAUUACCGUCGACUCAAAUCUUGAGACCUGUCAACCGGAAAAGUUUGCAUCUGUCUUACAAAAUUCUCUUUCCCAUUGGACAGAAAGUAAAAAACGAGGCAUAUGGUUCAAAGUGUACCUAGAUUCCAGCCAUUGGGUUCCGACGUUGGUCAAUAGCCAAUUCAAAUUCCACCACGCCAAAGAUGAGUUUGUCAUGAUGUACCGCUGGUUGCCGUCCCAUGAAAGUCCCAACAUACCACCAUUCGCACACACAAUGGUAGGCGUUGGAGCUCUAGUCGUUAAUGAUAAGAACCAAAUACUUGUGGUCAGCGAGAAAAACGCAUUGAUCAAGGGCUCGUGGAAACUUCCGGGAGGUUACGUAGAACCAGGAGAGAACUUUGUAGAAGCAGCCAUUCGGGAAGUUCAGGAGGAAACCAAUAUCAAAACCAAAUUUGAAUCCGUCGUUUCGUUGCGACAUGCCCACGGUACUGGCUUUGGAUGUUCCGAUUUGUACAUAGUUAUGGCCCUGUUACCAGAAAGUAGUGAUAUAGUAAAGUGUGACCGGGAAAUAUCCAAAUGUGAAUGGAUGGAUACUGAUGACUAUUUACAGCAUCCAAAAGUGCAUGAAACCAACCGCAACUUUGUUCGUACCUAUUUGAAAUACAAACAAAAUGGCUUGAAAUUCCUUUGCAAGGACGAGAUUCAUUCGAUUCUGAAGAAAAAAUACAACAUUUACCUAGUUGAUUUCGAAAAGAACGACGCUCCCAAACUUUAGUCAUGUUUGUACUAGAAUUAGCUUCCAAAAGACGUAGAAUCCGUUACGGAUUGUCUUUAAAAA